UGGUGUCCUGCUCAGAAGGCUUCUGAGGUCAAACGCUUUUGAGACGCAGACUCACUGUGAUGUGGGAUCCCAGGGCAACGCAGUUUUGAAGAAACAAGCUUACAGGGAUGAGGCUCUCCCUGGAGGAUCGGUGUGUGUUGUUCAAAACACAAUCAGAAAGGGCCUGCCGCCGCGACAGGCUGCCUCAUCUGACACGAGCCGCUCUCCCUGGAACCCUGCCUGGGAAGGGUGUCUGGGCGGGAGUGGGGCCCGGGGCGAGGCCGCCCGUUUCCCUGCCGCAGGGGACCUGUGCGUCCGGCCACUCGCUCGCAGCUCCCGGCCGCGCGGCCCACGUGUUCGCGUUCGGGACCCUGAGGACGGGCCGGCCCAACCACCGGGUCCUGCUGGAGGGCACCCACGGUCGCGCAGUCGAGCCACACCCGCUGGUGAUCGCGGGGCAGCGCGACAUCCCGCGGCUGCUGAACCUGCCGGGCCGGGGGCGCCGAGUGGCUGGGGAGGUCGACGCCGUGGACGAGCCGAUGCUGCGCUUCCUGGACGAGUUCGAAGGCUGCCCGGACACGUACCAGCACACCCGGGCGACAGUCGCUGUCGAGGGGGCGGGCGGGACCCUGCCGUGCUCCGUGUCCAGCACGGCCACCUACCCGCCCGAGUGGGUCCACCUCCUGUACCGGGACGAUUACGACUCACAGGGGGCGCACGGGCUUCGCUUCCGUCCGCGGGAAAGCAGACGAGAAGUGAGAGGGCAGCGGCCGCCCGAGGACCCAGAGCCUGGUGGCCGGAAGAUGGUCUCGCUGGGUCCGCACUCGCCGAAUGCAAGAGCCCGAGAACACCCUUUGAAACAAACAUUUAUAAAAAACUCUAUGCGGGAGGGGGACGGGGGGGGGAGUGUCUUCUUCAGUGGCAGCUGAUUUCCCAAAUAAUUUUGACAUGACUGAUAACAAGAUUCUUGCCUGCAAUCUGUCUUGCUGAUGCUGCUUUACUGCUCGCUGCUUAAAGAGCAUCAUGGGCUUGAACCUACUGGAUGAGAAAAACUCAGGAUUUUAAUUCCCCUAAAUGACAUUUUGAAAACUCAUGUUAUGCUUUUCUUAUUAUGUUGGUGUUUUUUGUUUUUCUGCUUUGCUUUGCUUUAGUCUGAAGAUAACAUUUAAAAUGAAUAUAAAGACUUUGUGUGGCAGCUAGAUUUUAACAGCUGUAUCAGUUAAAUACUGACGCUGCUGUACUGUAUCAGUUCUGUCUGACCUGUAGCACUGAGAAAAGAAGUUCUUUUAAAGCUGAUUUUAGACGUCUCAAUGUAAUAAAAGAACCUCAAGAAAAACAUGCUGUAUUUUAGAGUACUUCUGAAUAUAUAUAACAUCAUUCUUCAUAAUUUUCAGAUCAGGCUUAUUACAGAGAUUAUUAAAGAUCAUUUAAAGUUAAACUAGACGUUUUGGGAAAUCAAAUAUAUAAGUAUUGGUGCUAUUGUUGGCCCUCUUUUUGAGUCUACUUAUUUGGUAGAAGGUUCUUUUCAUUCUCAUCUAGCAAAAUAGCAAGCGCCCACUCUCUGGCAGAGCAGCCGAACACCCCAGUUUCAGACGGAAGCUCACGGGGAGAGGAGGGCAAGGCGCGGUCCCUGCCCCCCACCCCAAGGGAGCAGCGUUUGGGGGCGGGCCUUUUGGAGAAGAACCAACACUUUAGUAAUCUGUUCUUCAGGCCUGACAGAAAGCUUCGCUUCCAAAUACAAACAGCACCUAAAAUAAUUUUAGCAAGGCACGAAGUACCAAUUACUACCCACCUCCAUCCGAUAAUCUGUCAGGGUUAGAGUCAAAUCAGCGCACGACCCUGCCGCCUCUGCUUCCUUACCAGCAAAGUACGAAAUGUAUUCUACGAAUUUCAGAGCCAGGUGAAGACGCAGCUGCUGGUCCCGGGUAACCUCGUCCUCCACUGAGAGAGCUCACUCGCGCUUCAACUUAAUGGUAGACUCUGAUCUUUAACUGCAUCUGGCACAAGAGCAUGAUCGCGAUUUUUAGCCCUUUUUUCUUAACUGGAAACCUGCUUUACAGAAACACAGAAAGGCGAGGAUGGGUGUCAGCUGAUGAGCUGUGGCAGCGCCGCCCACCACCACUGGGCCGGGGGAGCCCCGAGUGGUACCCGCGCCGGCGCCCUGGGACGGGGAAGGGGGUUGCCCCUGGGGACUCGGGGCCCACACUCACCGUUAGAGGCACACCGGAGGGAUUUCCAGGACCCUCUUCUGCGCUGUCUGGGCUUCGGGAGGUUAUGAACGAGCAGAAGAAGCAGGAGUUAGUUAGGUGAUGA